AUGGCAGCGCCAACAGCAACAGGCGGUCCACCAGAUCCGGCAGCUGUGAAAAGCCGAAUCAUCACACACAUGAACGCAGACCACCAGUUGUCACUGCGCCUGUACCUGCAGCGGUACUGCCACAUCCCAUCAGGCGGAACCGUGCAAGCCAGCAUGGAAGACAUCACCAACGAACACAUGAUCCUGAAGUCAUCGUUCGGGCGGCACGUGGUUCCCUUGGACCCGCCGAUGGAAUCGCUCAUGCAGGCGCGCGAGAGGCUCGUCGCCAUGCAUCAGGACUGCCUUGAUGAACUCGACCUCAGCGACAUCGUCGUUGAUGGUUACAAGCUUCCAACCUCCGUAUUCCAGUGGGCCCUUGCCGGCUUGGUCAUCUUGAUCACGACUUCGUUCCCUUUCCGUGAGAGUCUGCAGCCCGAGUCCGGGAGUGUCAUCUACAAGAUCUGGUCUCUCGACGGUCGGGUGCCCGGUCUGGCACAGCUAAGCUACAUUCUUGCGCCUGCGGUCCUGUGGUUCAUCGGUCUCGUGCACUGUGGUGAGACCCUGUACUUGGCGAGAACACGGUUGAGAAAGCAUUGGGUCGAGACCUUCAGCGGGAUUUGGUGGUUGUGGGUCGGUGAGUGUAUGCUUGUAGGCUUCGGAGCUAUUCAGCGCGUGGACGCCAUGGUCAAGGCCAAGGAGAGUGCAAAGGGUGGGAAGGCACAGCAUUGA